CUAAACAAAAGGUGUUUGGCGGACAUGUUUCUCUGGCGUAAGUAACUUUCUGCUGGGCGGAGAAAACUGUGGAUACGACAUGAUGGAAUCCGAUUCCUGGGAGGACAAACUAACAUGUACAUGGAAAGGCGAAGGGCAGUUGGACAUCAUGGGGUUUCCCGAGGAUAUGCCCAUGUGUCUGAAGUGCUAUUUAAGCUCAAUUAAGGCAGGAAAAUGGCCACGGGCUUUGUACUUGAUCCAGGAAGGAGAAGGGCACUGCUUCCUCAGUGGAACUGGGAUCUCAUUUCCAAGAGACUAUGAGUCGUCCAGCAGUGACGAAGACGGCCCAGGCAGAGGACCACUACCGGAAGACGAGGUCGAAUUCUUUUCGGGACGUUUCCCCAAGAACAGACUAAAAAGACUUUUGUUUCUGCGCACAGUAAAGAAGUGUUUGUCAAAACGUAGGGAAACACACGGCCCGGGCCCCGUCGAUGGCGAACAGCAGUUUCUACAUUACUUAGAAGAAGAAGAGGAAAAAGAAAAAAGAUCAGAGCUAGAUACAGAAUUGACUGAACCCGGAAGUACAAGCCCCAAGGAAAGCCUGUCGUCGGAAAGUUCCAUGAAAGGGAAAACAGUUGAGGUACCCCAACGCGAACUGGAAGAAACAACGGAGAAGACUGUCCGUGCAGAGAAAACACACCACGAAAAGCUACGGAAGCACCACCGUCGGCUUAAGGGCACCAUUCGUGCACACCACAUCACCGGCUGUCUGAAAGAAAAGGGUGUUUUGACUGACGAUGAUGUGGAUAAAAUCUACGACAAGGCCGCCCAAGAAGAACGGACAGAACAGCUGCUGUUUAUCCUUGCUAAACGUUCGUCAUCUGCCAUUGAAGCUUUCAUACAGUCCCUGAAGGAGGUCCAAAGACAAGGAACAUGCCCGUAUGAAGACAUCGUACAACUAUUGGAGGGAGCUGAUCCUAAACAAGAUGCUGCUGUUGAAGAGCGUAUCGACGACAAGAGUAGAUUCGUCCCUAAACUAGAAAAAGGUCCAGGCCAAGCAUCACAUGUUGACAUCCAGGACCUCAUCACCAACAACUACGAUUUACUCAAAGAAAACAUAAACGCAAUGAAAGUGAUUCCCCAUAUGAUUCACAAGCGGGUUUUGGAACGGUCAGACCAGGAUAAGAUAUUCCGACAGUCUAUUCUAGACAGUGAUUAUGCAGAGAGUGAGGCGCUUCUGGAUAUGCUUUCCAGAAGGAGGUCGUGUCACCCUGCCUUGUUUUUAGACAUAUUAAGGAUUGAACAUCCAGAUAUUGUCGAAAGGCUGUCAACAGAGGUAUCCUCCCCAAAAGCCAUCAUCAGCCGGCAGAAAGAUGAUGCAGGUCCGUUCUACAGGAUGACCCACAAAUCCCGUGGAACCGCACUGAUUUUCAUAGACGCAGAUCUUGACACCUCUGCAAUGAAGGAAGAAUCAGAGUUACUCGCAGACGCCUUCAAAAGUUUGCAUUUUGCGACGAAAAUUGUGAGAGAUUUCGACUUGUCGAGUGCAAUCCAGCCAGGAGGUAGAGUUGAUCAGGACUGUCAUGUAUUUUGUUGCAUAUCUGAUAUCCCACACGGAAUGAUUCAUGACAUUGUCAGGUAUCAAAGUCGUAACGAUAAACCAAUGCUGAUUUUCUGUCAUAUACCUGCAAGAUUAAGACCCAACCCUAUGAGUAUGUAUAUGUUUUUCGAAGUAGUAGAUCAUGACAGCCAAGAUUGUUAUCUCAGCCUGUCCAGUAGUCCAAACUACAUCAGAACACUGGCUAAGACUCUGAUAGAGUAUGGAAAAAGCGAAGAUUUUGUGUCUAUGAUGUCAAAAGUUUACAGCGCAUGUGACAAGUUUUACUGCCAUGACGGACUGAGAAAGAGACUGUACUUCCCUCCUUAGUCACGCUAGUAUACUGUAUUAUCUAUCCUGUGUCCUGAUGAUGAGCCAAAACAUUAUCUUAAGAUGUGAAUAUUGUCGUAAUGAAUGAUUACUAUUACAAACAUAUAUAUCUAAAGUAUGAAUGCCAAUGUUUAUACAAAUAAUUUUGGCACAAACAAUUUUGAUAAUGCAGGCUACCAAAUUCCAAUAGUUUGACUUCCCGAGGAGGGUUUAUAAAGAGAUCUUAACCUCCUCGACUAAACACAAACGAGCAAGUGUAUUUGUACUUGUGUAUGAACAAUAUUGAACGUUACUAAUUAAGUUAAUUAAGGCAAUCAAGUCAGGAACAGUAAAAAAUUAUCAUCGUUAUUCUACAUGUCAUCAACACAAGACUAUGUUGCAUAUUGUACUACUAGUAUUCAAGAAUUACAGUCUCAGUCAAGGGAUGGCUUACAUGAUUAGAUGUGAAUAAGCUUUUACACUGCCAAAUAUUGUAUUACAUUGUAACACAAUAUUUCAUCUGUAAAUAGUCAGUGUAAAUAGUGUUUGUAGCGUUUUUGUAUCCUGCACCAAUUUUCACACUGUACAUUUUCGGACUGACUUCAGUCACCUAGAACCACCAGUAUUUGUCUAGCAACAAUUUCACUAUAAUGAGUAAAAUAUAUUUUAUGUUUCUAUUGUAAAGAUUGCUAACAGACCGUGUUUUAGAAACGUCACUGAUUUUGAUUUUAUAUAUGUCAUUCCAAAGUGUUGUGUUGAGCUGUGCCUGUUACAUUAAGAACAUAUUGUGUAUAAUAUAAUCUAUAUUUAUGGAUUACAAUCCAUAAUCUAUAUACUACAUGUACAUAUAAUUGUUUGACCAAACCCCAUUUACACGGUCAACUGCAAUAUAAAAGACAAGUUUUUGUUGAUUUUAAAAAGGUCAGUUGUAUCAUUCUUCAAAUUGAGUUGCUA